GUGACUGAUCCAGCUCUGUCAGCUGACGCUAGACGGAACUAACGUAGUACUACCAGUCGCAGUAAAAAUCAAAUGCGAUUUAGUUUAUAUUUAUCUUUCUUGUUAUAAAUCUGUCUUCAUAUCAAAGUCAUUACCUUAAAAACUUCAACUAUGGCGCUUAGCGAUGCAGACGUACAGAAGCAGAUCAAACACAUGAUGGCCUUUAUUGAGCAGGAAGCCAAUGAAAAGGCAGAGGAGAUUGAUGCCAAGGCAGAGGAAGAGUUUAAUAUUGAAAAGGGACGACUGGUACAGACUCAGAGGUUGAAAAUUAUGGAGUAUUAUGAGAAGAAAGAGAAACAGAUUGACCAACAGAAAAAAAUCCAGAUGUCUAAUUUGCUGAACCAGGCCAGACUGAAGGUGCUUAAAGCCCGUGAUGAUAUGAUUAAGGAUCUUUUAAAUGAGGCACAACAACGGUUGGCCAACAUUGCCAAAGACCCAAAUCACUACAAAUCACUGCUGGAGGGUCUUGUGUUACAGGGAUUUUAUCAGUUGCUGGAGCCCAAAGUUAUAAUCCGCUGUAGGAAGGAAGAUGUAGCAUUGGUGCAGGCGGCCGUCCAGAAGAACAUUCCCAUCUACAAAGGGGCUGUCAAGAGUAACAUCGAAGUGCGCAUUGACGAGAAUAAUUUCCUGCCACCCAACAUUUCAGGAGGUGUUGAGGUCUACAAUGCUGAUGGCAAGAUCAAGGUAUCCAACACGUUGGAAAGUAGACUAGACCUUCUGGCUCAACAGAUGAUGCCUGAGAUCAGAGUAACUUUGUUUGGUGUUAACCAAAACCGUAAGUUUUUGGAUUAAUAGACUGUGCUGUUACCAAGAUGUGUCCUUAAGCGAACGCAGGAAUUCAGAAGACUGGGAAGAUAUUGAAGGUCUGGUGAAAUAUACCGGGUUUCUAAAGUGGGAAAACUGUAAAUUAAAGGGACGGUUCAUCGAAAAAUUUAAAUACGGUCAUCAUUUACUUACCCUCACGUUGUUCCAAACAGGUGGAGGGAAGAUAUUUUCAUUAUCUGGUGCACCAGUAACUUCCGUAGUAGGUAAAAAUAUAAUACUAUGGAAGUAAAUGGUGCCGCAGAUCGGUUUGGUUAUUAACAUUUUUCAAAAUAUCUACAUUUGUGUUCAGCAGAACUUGAGGGUCAGUAAAUGAUGACAAAAUUUUCAUUUUUCUGUGAACUAUCCCUUUAAGUGGUUCUGUUCUGUUUUGUUUUCAGAAAGAUUUUUGUGUUUGUGCAUUUUUUCUUGAGAAAAAACACCAAAGACAUUUCUUAAUUAAAUGUUUAUGAUGUACUGUUAUGACUUUAAA